AUGCACUUGCUGGAGCUGAUCCGCGGCUGCCGGGACUCUCGGCGGCUGGUGCUCCUUAUCGUGGCCGUGGCGCUGCUGCUAGACAACAUGCUGCUCACCACCGUCGUGCCCAUCAUUCCAAACUUCCUUUACGAGCUGAACAAGGAGUCUGAAAAUGCCAGCGCCGCGCCGACGAGCGGCCCCGCGCUGUUGCUGGGCACGACGACCGACCCCGGCGACUGGGAGCUGCCCGGUCGGACCCUGGUACCCCCGGGUAGCAGUUCACCGGAACCAGAGCCCAGCCCCAGCACACUCAGUCCCCAAGACAAGCAGACGCGUCACGAGCUGCUCAACAACGAAAACGUCGAGGUGGGCGUCAUGUUCGCCUCCAAACCUGUUGUGCAGGCGCUCGUCAACCCGGUGGUGGGUCCGCUCACGAACCGCAUCGGCUACACGGUGCCCAUGUUCGCUGGCUUCGUCAUCAUGUUCGUCUCGACACUGGUGUUCGCCGCGGGCAGCAGCUAUGGCACGCUGUUCCUGGCGCGCACGAUGCAAGGUGUGGGCUCCGCGUGCACUAGCGUCGCCGGCAUGGGCAUGCUGGCCGAGAAGUACCCGGACGACCGGGAACGCGGCAAUGCUAUGGCCAUCGCCAUGGGCGGUCUGGCUUUAGGCGUCAUGAUUGGGCCACCCUUCGGCGGCGCGAUGUACGAAUUCGUCAGCAAGAGCGCUCCUUUCCUGGUGCUUGCCGCCGUGACCCUGCUCGACGGCCUCUUGCAGCUGGUGGUGCUGCAGCCCAAAGUGCGCCGGGACAUCGUACAGGGGGCUUCGCUCAAGUCCCUGGCCCAAGACCCUUAUAUCCUGGCAGCGGCCGGCGCCAUCACGUUCGCCAACAUGGGCAUUGCCGUGCUAGAGCCUUCGCUGCCGCUCUGGCUAAUGGACACCAUGGAGGCUCCGCGGUGGCAACAGGGGGCCGUUUUCUUGCCUGCAAGCAUCUCCUACCUCGUGGGUACCAACCUGUUCGGCCCGAUGGGCCACCGCUUGGGCCGCUGGCUCUCCUCCAUGAUGGGACUCUUUAUCAUCGGCAUCUGCCUCGUCUGCAUUCCUAUGGCCAAGAAUGUGAACGACCUGAUCGCACCCAACGCUGGCAUCGGAUUCGCUAUCGGUAUGGUAGACUCGUCCAUGAUGCCCAUGCUGGGCUACUUAGUCGACAUCCGGCACUCGUCUGUAUAUGGCAGUGUAUACGCCAUCGGAGACACAGCCUUUUGCAUCGGCUUUGUCCUGGGACCUAUUAUAAGUAGCAGCGUUGUCAAGACCAUGGGCUUUCGAGCGCUGCUCUACAUGACGGCGGCUGUGUGCUUCAUCUACUCGCCCCUCAUGUUCUUCUUGAGGAAUCCGCCCGGUCGCCAAGAGAACCAGGCGCUGCUGCUGCGCAGCGCCUCUUCGGACAUCCGCUACACGAGCUACGCCAACGAAGACGACUCCCCAGAACAUCGUUGA